AGUAGGCGGCAUAUGGGUGAGCUGGCGCAGCUGCUGUGGCGGCUUCGUCUUGAAGUGGCGGCUCGUAGCGCGGCGGAUCCUAGAAGAUGCUUCUAAUGGAGGAGUUUCUGAGAAGCACCUCUGGGGCUGUGGCUUUGAAAGAGAGAUCAAACCAGAGACUAUUUAAAGCCCUGGACAUCACAUUCUGAGGUCUGCGGGAGAGAACACCAUGGCUGUGAGUUUAGAUGACGACGUGCCCCUUAUCCUGACCUUGGAUGAGGGUGCCGGUGCCCCUCCGGCUCCCUCCAACGGACUAGGCCAAGGGGAGCUGCCUAGCGAAAAUGGAGGCAGCUACGCCACCAAGGAUUCCCGGGCCCCCAGCCUGAACUCAGGGAGCGAGAUUUCACCCUCGAGCUCCACCGGAGAUGGCUGGGAGAUGAAUUAUCAAGAGGCAGCCAUCUACCUCCAGGAAGGCGAGAAUAACGACAAGUUCUUCACCCACCCCAAGAAUGCCAAAGCGCUGGCGGCCUACCUCUUCGCACACAACCACCUCUUUUAUCUGAUGGAGCUGUUGACGGCCUUGCUCCUGCUGCUGCUGUCCCUGUGCGAGGCCCCCGCUGUCCCCGCACUCCGGCUCGGCAUUUAUGUCCACGCCACCCUCGAGCUGUUCGCCCUGAUGGUGGUGGUGUUUGAGCUCUGCAUGAAGUUGCGGUGGCUGGGCCUCUACACCUUCAUCCGCCACAAACGGACCAUGGUCAAGACCUCCGUGCUCCUGGUCCAGUUCAUCGAAGCCAUUGUGGUGUUGGUACGGCAGACAUCCCACGUGCGAGUGACCCGGGCGCUGCGCUGCAUUUUCCUGGUGGAUUGCCGGUACUGCGGUGGCGUGCGGCGCAACCUGCGGCAGAUCUUCCAGUCUCUGCCACCCUUCAUGGACAUCCUCCUGCUGCUGCUCUUCUUCAUGAUCAUUUUCGCCACCCUCGGUUUCUACUUGUUCUCUCCGAAUCCUUCAGACCCUUACUUCAACACCCUGGAGAACAGCAUCGUCAGUCUGUUUGUCCUUCUGACCACAGCCAACUUCCCAGAUGUGAUGAUGCCUUCGUAUUCUCGGAAUGCCUGGUCCUGCGUCUUCUUCAUUGUGUACCUCUCCAUCGAGCUGUACUUCAUCAUGAACCUGCUCCUGGCCGUGGUGUUCGACACCUUCAAUGACAUCGAGAAACGUAAAUUCAAGUCACUGCUGCUGCAUAAGCGAACGGCCAUCCAGCAUGCCUACCGCCUGCUCAUCAGCCAGAGGAGGCCCGCUGGCAUCUCCUACAGGCAGUUCGAGGGCCUGAUGCGGUUCUACAAGCCCCGGAUGAGUGCGACGGAGCGCUACCUGACAUUCAAGGCCCUCAACCAGAGCAGCACACCUCUGCUCAGCCUAAAGGACUUUUAUGACAUCUAUGAAGUUGCCACUUUGAAGUGGAAGGCAAAGAGGAACCGGGAGCACUGGUUCGACGAGCUUCCCAGGACCGUGUUCCUCAUCUUCAAAGGAAUCAACAUCCUUGUGAAGUCCAAGGCCUUCCAGUAUUUCAUGUACUUGGUGGUGGCUGUCAACGGGAUGUGGAUCCUCGUGGAGACGUUCAUGCUGAAAGGUGGGAACUUCUUCUCCAAACACGUGCCCUGGAGUUACCUCGUUUUUCUGACUAUCUACGGGGUGGAGCUGUUCCUGAAAAUUGCCGGUCUGGGCCCCAUCGAAUAUCUGUCCUCUGGGUGGAAUCUGUUCGACUUCUCUGUCACAGCAUUCGCUUUCCUGGGACUGCUAGCUCUGGCGUUUGACAUGGAGCCGUUUUAUUUCAUAGUGGUCCUGCGUCCCCUCCAGCUGCUGAGGUUGUUUAAAUUGAAAAAGCGGUACCGCAAUGUGCUAGACACCAUGUUUGAGCUGCUGCCCCGGAUGGCCAGCCUGGGCCUCACCCUGCUCAUCUUCUACUACUCCUUCGCCAUCGUGGGCAUGGAAUUCUUCUGUGGAAUCCUCUACCCCAACUGCUGCAAUACGAGCACAGUCGCAGAUGCCUACCGCUGGGUCAGCCACACUGUUGGCAACAGGACUGUUGUGGAGGAGGGCUACUACUAUCUCAAUAAUUUUGACAACAUCCUCAACAGCUUUGUGACGUUGUUCGAGCUCACAGUUGUCAACAACUGGUACAUUAUCAUGGAAGGUGUCACCUCACAGACCUCCCACUGGAGCCGCCUCUACUUCAUGACCUUUUACAUCGUGACCAUGGUAGUGAUGACUAUCAUCGUUGCCUUCAUCCUCGAGGCUUUCGUCUUCCGAAUGAACUACAGCCGCAAGAACCAGGACUCAGAAGAUGAUGGUGGCAUCACCCUUGAGAAGGAAAUCUCCAAAGAAGAGCUGGUCUCUGUCCUUGAGCUCUACCGAGAGGUGCGGGGAGCCACCUCGGACGUCACCCGGCUGCUCCGGAUCCUCUCCCAGAUGGAGAAACAUGAGCAAAAUUCCAUGGUGUUCCUGGGUAGGAGGUCGAGGACCAAAAGUGAUCUGAGCCUGAAGAUGUACGAAGAGGAGAUACAGGAAUGGUACGAGGAGCACGCCCGCAAACAGGAGGAAGAGCAGUGCCAGCCCGGCCACCGCGGGGUCCCCGCCGCCCAGCAGCCCCUGGGCAGCCGCCAGCGCUCCCGGACCAUCAGCUAGCAGCUCACGGAGGCCGUCCCUUCUAUGCAAUAACUCAUAGUAUUACUCUACUGCGAUGUUCUGAAGGAAUGUGUGUAUGUGUGUGCAUGUGUGUGUAUCUGCACAGCCACACACAGUCAUAUAUACGCACAGAUUCACAUGUCGGAAGAAAGACAAGAUGGGGUUAGGUUUAUAACCACCUUGUCCAGUUUUCCUUAACUCCAGAAGUCAUCUUGGUUUGGCAGUGGUCCAGCCAUGAUGAGUUCUUCCUGCCUUGUAAAGCUUCAGAAGCCCCCCCCCCCACCAGAGACCUCCUGGAAAGAGUGUGCCCAUCUCUGCAGGGCCUGCCCUUAAAGCGGGUCAGCCCUGCAAAGGCCAGACCCAAACUUGCCCCGAUGCUGCUGUGACUCGUGGCCCACGGACGAGUCCCUGUGGGCUUUCCCUGCUGCCACAUCCAGGGUUCGUGUGUCUUGCUUCAGGGACAGAACCACGUAGGAAGGAAAGAACCCCAGUCCCUGGGGUUAGCAUUCCCUGGUAUGUGAUGAUGCAAUAGAAGGUUCCUCUGUGGGACCAGUGCCUAGGACCUAAGGGGAAGAGUGACUGAGGGGUGUGGGUAGAGAUGUGUUGUCAGGUCUCAAUUAGCCAGAGAGCUGGGCAGCUGGAGACUGUGCUGAUGCAUUUCAUUUCCUGGCUGUGCAAGCCUCCUCUCUAACUCGUGUUGCUAAAAAUCCUGCUAAAAUGGCCUCCUGCCCAUCCAGGAGGGGAAGCAGGCCAGAGGCUUGGCUGAUGGCUCCAGCCCCAGGCCAUCCCCUGGAAUGGCUUUCUUGACUAAAUCCCUUUUCUUUGCAGUUUACCUGUUCAAGAAAGAAGGAAUGUGGUUUAGUUAAGGAUUCUGUUAAAGAAAAUAGCAGAUAGCUCAUCUGUGAGCAUUAGGCCCUGCUGGGAGCAGGAGCCAGCAUAAUGGCGACCUGCUUGCCAUGAGUGGUGCACAGGGCACGACUGUGGUGCACACGGGCCCUGCUCCCUCUCUGCCUUAUGUAGUUGCCCUUGCUGGACUCAGCUGAUAGGACUCUGUUCUCCCCCAGGUUUUGAGUAGCAGGUCUGGUUGAUGCAGAAGUGGGUUCUGGGGCUCCUUUAGUUAGCCAACACCACCACCCCUGGCACCUCGUGAGGGUUCUGUAUAGUGAUCAGAGUCCACCUGAGUUAAGAGGUGUGCUUGAAUCAGAAGGCCCUUGGAGUUCUGUGGGGUCACCAGCUGUGCAGGCUGUCAGUAUUGGUUAGAGGGGGUUCUGCCUCUCAGCUCCUCUGGGUUGCAGAAGAUAGUGUGGUGGUAUCAGGGCAGAAGGCAGCAAUGGGAUGAAAGGGGAGUGGAGAGCAGUGGGUGGGAGAAGCAGCCACCUGUGGGCCUCCCAGGUUCCCACACUGCCCUGUUUGAGUUGGGAUUGUGGGGGCAGAAGCUCCCCCAAGUCCUUUUCCCAGCCCUGGAGCAGGCCUGACUGACCCCAGGGGAGCACCACUGGGUCUCCCCACCACUUCACCAGGAGAGGAUUGUGGGUGUUUAGCUUUUAAAGCACAGCCCUUUAAGAAAGGUGAAUCUUCCAACCACUGUGAUUCACACUGCGAAGCAGGAGACUGGCAUGCUCCUCCUCUUCGUCUCUGGAGAGCCUGUGGGCCAUUGUGGAGAGCCUGGCAUCCAACCCCAAACCCUUUUCCCUCUCCAGAGAAGGAAAUAUUUGCACAGGUGGGUGCCUUUUAGCUUUGAGUCUUGAACCAGGGGGCAGCUGGAAGAAGGCAGGAGUCCCCUGACUGCCUCAUUUUGAUUCCUUCCUCUGUCCUCAAGGGGUUUCAGACAGACCUGGGAGAGGCACCAGGAUGGCAGAAUCCUGGCCCUACUCCGAGGGGGUAAUGGGUCUAGCCCUGAGCAAGGGCCUGCUGUUAGUGAAGACCGAAUGAAGGCAAAAUGACAGCAAUGCUCAGGGGCAGACUCCAGCCAGUCCUUGAGACUCGGCACAGCUGCACUGUGGGAUCAUCUGUGGCCCCUUCAAGUUGUGUCCAGGCUGAGAACAGACCUGCCCCUAGGGCUGGGGACUCGUGGAGGGACCUGGGCCAUCAGCUGGCUCAGUUGCCCUCUUGCCUCCCCUAUUCUACUACGUGAAACCAGGGUACCCCUCACUGACCUGUAAUGAAGGAGUUGGGGGCAAAGCUGGUUGCCCCUCCAUCCCACCCCAGCCUUAUUCCAAACCUUGCAGACAAUCAUUUUGUACGGAUAACAGGAGAGGCACUGUAAGGUUUUGUACAUUGGUGAUUUGUUACCUGGAAACCCGACUGUGUCUCUGGAUUUCUGGCAUAUUAAUAAACGAGCCUCUGCUUUGUAAA